AUGGCAUCUGCUGGAUUUCAUACAUUAUCAGCAGUGUUGAUCUUGGUGUCAUUUGUAUUUCUAUUAUUGGCUACCAUUUCAACUCCUGUUGUAACAAGUUUUUCCAUUGGUUCUACAGAUAAUUAUAAUUAUGGUAUUUUAGGUUAUUGUAAAUCCAAUGCUAAAUCAUGUCCUGGAGCUCAAUAUCCUUAUACUUUGAGUGAUAAAGAUUCUAGAAUUGAUUGGACUUUAACUGGAAGUACCAGAGAUACUUUAGCAAAGAUUUUUAUUUUAUGUCCCAUUGCUGGUGGUUUAAAUCUUAUUACUUUGGUUAUCAUCUUAUUAAGUCAUUUCUUUUCAAGUGGAGUUUUGAUAUUCAGUAUUGUUUUCAAUCUUAUUAGUUUUAUUGUCACCACCUUGGUGGCUAUUAUUGUAGUUUUAGUAUUUUACCCACAGGUUUCAUGGACUGGAUGGGUAUUAAUUGGAUCAGCUGCAGCAAAUUUAAUUUCUUUAGUUUGUUUGUUUGUUAGUUUAAGAUUUUCUAAUAAUGAUUAUGAUGAUGUUGAUGAUAAUUCUUUAACAGAAUUUAAUCAAUUAGAUGAUAAAUUUAAUAAUACUACCAGUACAACCACUUUCAUGGCCCCAUCACAAGGUUUCAAAUCCAAAUAUGAUGAUAAUUCUUCGAUUUCAAAAGAUUAUGAAUUCAAGCCGGUUCAAAAUACUACUAAUUCAAGCAUUUACAAUUCAAAUCCUCAAUUAGUCAAUGAUUUUACUCAACAUAAUAAACCUUCAACUCAUUCAUUUGGUACCAGUAAUUCUAACCACACAAGAUAUGAAGAUGCUGCACCAAAUUUUGUUAAUGGUCCAAACACACCUAUUUCUUCAAAACAACAAAUGGCACCAGUAUUUACUCCUAAUGUAGCUACACCAACAAUUAAUGAUGUACCAAGGUCUAAUGUUCCUCAAGUACCUUAUCCUUCUAAUGGACCUUUAAAUAGACCAACUUAUGGAGGCAAUGUCACUGAUAUGAGUGUUUUUGAACAUCAUCCUGAAGUUGAAGGUCAUAGACCUUUCACUGAAUUAGAUGAUGAUCAAAAUAAUGAUAUGUAUCCUAUUGAUAGAUAUCCAAAUAAUGAUUAUCAAUACAAACGUGGAAGUCAAGGAUCUGAAGAUAUUAUGGGAUCUGAUGCUUCUUCGAAUUUUACCAGUGUAAGUCAAAGAGCUCCAAAUCCAAGAUAUAAUCCUCCACCUCAACAACAAUAUUAUCAACAAGAUUCUUAUUUCCCUCAACAAUAUGAUAAUAAUUAUCCUCAACAACAAGCUUUCCAACCACAUUUCCAACAACAACCACAACAGCAGCAGCAACAACCUCCUUCUCAACCUCAACAAUUUUAUCAACCAAAUCAAUCAACACCAGUAACUCAACCAAUGCCAAUGCAACAAAGAUUUAGGUCUGCCCCUACUGCCUCAGAUAAUGCUUUAGCUAAUAAUCCUGAUUUCGCCUUAGGCGGUAUGGGAGGUGGUAGAAAGAAAGCUCCUUUUGGGGCUAGACAAAAUGCUGCAAAAUUCCCAAGAAGAGAUGGCCCUUACGGUAUGUAA